UCUUGCGGGCUCGCGAUUUGCUUUGUUUUUCUUUUUUUUUGAAUCGGUGCGGAAACUUCUCGGUUGAGGUUUUGUUUACUAUUUACUGGCCAUGGACAACGCGAACUCAACUUUUGGCCAGUCGGACUUCGACUGGGACGCCAUCAACGUGGGUGACUAUCAGUUGGAUCACUCCCAAAACUUUUUCGCAGGACGGGCCAACAAGGAAAACAACAGGAGCCUCAGCAAUGUUAACCCCCUCCUGCUGUGCCCCACUCCGCAGAAGAUCGGCCGUGAACAGCGCGAUGGUGACUUCGAUGAGAAGCUGAUUAGUGCUGGGGAUCUCAAGAAGGAGUCCCCCAAAGACAUGACAGAGGCGUCCACGGAUGCACUGACAAUCAAGCCCAAAGUUGAGCCCCAAGAUGUGGCAGAACUCAAGCUCAAAACAGAGCUCCAGGAGCUGGUUCAAGUGCUCCCAGUUGACAACGGCCCAGAGCCGCAGGACGACGACAAACAAAUUGUUCCGGUCAACUGGGGCAAGGAUGGGGACGAUGAUGAGAAGCAUAUGACGGAAGCUGACCAGCACUUGGUCCACCAGGAAGCGCGUCCUCCUGGCGUCGGGGCCAAGCUGCGCCUGGAGUGGUCGCCCCCACGCCACCGCGAGCACGAGGGAGCCGGCGCGUCUGCCACAUCCGCCGCCCCCAAGGCAUACCAGUUCAAGGACGUGUACGAGAGCAAGCGGCAGCAGGCGAUGCGCAGGCGCUCCGAGGAGGAAAGCAAGGCGCGCCAGUUCCAUAGCCGACCCAUGCCCAACUUCAAGGCCAUGCACAAGCGCAUGAACGAGCUGGCGGUCAUCCAUAAAAUCACCGUUCCGCGCACGCCCGAGACGCUCAAACACAGCCAGUCGAACUUGGAACGGCGUCACGAGGAUGACCCGGCCAACCAGGCGCGACUGCAUCCGGCUGGCACCCGCUCCAGACCCUUCCACCUGCGCAGCGAGCAGCGCGUGCGCGAUCGGCGCGAGUUCGACGCCGCCGUACAGGUCAGCUUGGAGCAGAAGAAGAAGGAGCAUGACGAACAACGGAAGCGAUGCGAGCAGGAGGAGAUAAAGGAGCUGCGCAAGAUGACGGCAUUCAAGGCUCGUCCGAAUCCAUUUAAAUAGUGCUCGACGGAACCAAUCGACUACCAACGUUUGAUAGCCCUGUCCAAAUUUAAAUGAUGUGAAGUCGAUGCUACACAUAAUCGUGUUUAUACCGAUGCAUAGUUUUACCAGAUUAACACAAUUUUUGUCUCUUAACAUUAACAUUACUUUUACGCAUAUAUCGUUCCCGUUUUUGGCGGAUAAGAACCACUAAAAUCGUAUGUUUGGCGGGAGGUUGAACUAUAUGGAUAUGUAUACAACAUAAGCAAUUUGCAAUUGCGAUCAUUAACUGUUUUCUAUUUGUACAAAGCCCAAAAAACAAUAAAUUAAUACUGUAAAUUGAA